AUGACAAACCUUAAAGAAUUACACACAAAGUUUUCAUCAAUCACAAAUCUAGGCAGAAACGACGAUGACUUUCUUUUACAAUGUAUAGAAGACUAUUUAACAGUAACAAAAAUUACAAAAGCAGAAUUAUUUCAAAAUGUACUGAAGUUCAAAACGACAUCACCAAAAUUCGCUUGUUUACUGGGUUUCCUAUACCAUUACGGGAUAGGAACUGAAGUAAAUCUAGAAGAAAUGUUUAGAUUGUACACAAUUUCGGCGGAAAACAAUGAUCCAAUUGGCCAAGCACAACUCGGAAGGUGUUAUUCUGACGCAUGUGGUACCGAAGAAAAUAAUGAAAAGGCUUUUUACUGGGCAAAGAAAUCGGCAGAAAAUGGAAAUUUAACAGGAGCAUAUAAUCUGGCGGAUUGUUACUGUUGGGGAAUCGGAACGCCUGUUAUUAAACGGUAUUCGUUUUAUUGGUAUCAACGAUCAGCUGAGGCCGGAAUGAAUUGCUCAGUGUUUUGGCUAGCGAGAUGUUUUCGAGUUGGUUGGGGUACAAAUAAAGAUAUCCACCAUGCUUUACGUUUGUAUCGAGGAAUUGAUCAUUCUUCGUGGAUGGUUGAAGUGAAAGAUGUUUUUAAGUCCAGCAAAUUAAAGGGACUUCACGCAAUGUAA